AUGGGAAAGUGAACGGACUCAAAAUAAAGCAGCCGUAUCUCUUGGAUUCUCUGUACUGCCUACCGGGUUUCCACAGCUCUGAGCCAGAGACUGCCCUGUGAACGACCAAACAACCGCGGUAAUGAAGGCGACAGGAGUCAGAGGGCUAUUCAUGGCAGGAAACCCCAGCAUCCGGUGAGAAAUAAGAAGUAUGAGCACAGGAUGCGCCCUGGGUCAGGAGGACGUGAAAAGCCUAAGUCUUUGUAACCUUCUCUAAGCCAGGGCUGUGGUAGUGUGACAGCCGCAGCGCGCCUCAGAGCACAGCCUGGUGCCAAGCUCCAGGUUCCAGUGGCUGCUGCUGUCACCGCAGGGGAGUCUAGCCCCUCCCAGAAGGAGACACACCGAAGAAUGGCCAUCUCAACUGGUAUGCUCCUGCUUCUGGGGCUCCUCGGGCAGUCCUGGGCAGGGGCUACUGCUGAUUCACAGGCUGUGGUGUGCAACGGGACUGCCUGCUAUACAGCCCACUGGGGCAAGCUGAGUGCUGAGGAAGCCCAGCUUCGCUGCAAUGAGAAUGGAGGCAAUCUCGCCACCGUGAAGAGUGAGGAGGAGGCCCGGCAUGUCCAGAAAGCUCUGGCUCAGCUUCUGAAGACCAAGGCACCCUUGGAAGCAAAGAUGGGCAAAUUCUGGAUCGGCCUCCAGCGAGAGAAGGGCAAGUGUACGCAGCAUGAUUUGCCAAUGAAGGGCUUCAGCUGGGUGGGUGGUGGCGAGAACACAACUUAUUCAAACUGGUACAAAGUGAGCAAGAGCUCCUGUGUCUUUAAACGCUGUGUGUCCCUGAUACUGGACCUGUCCUUGACACCUCACCCCAACCUUCUGCCCAAGUGGUCUGACAGCCCCUGUGGGACCCGUGAUGCUCCAGGUAACAGCAUUGAAGGUUUCCUGUGUAAGUUCAACUUCAAAGGCAUGUGCAGUCCACUGGCGCUGGGUGGUCCAGGGUGGGUGACCUAUACCACCCCUUUCCAGGCAACCACCUCCUCUCUGGAGGCCGUGCCUUUUGCCUCUGUAGCCAAUGUAGCUUGUGGGGACGAAGCGAAGAAUGAGACCCAUUAUUUCCUAUGCAAUGAAAAGACUCCAGGGAUAUUCCACUGGGGCAGCUCAGGCCCUCUUUGUGUCAGCCCCAAGUUUGGUUGCAGUUUCAACAAUGGGGGCUGCCAGCAGGAUUGCUUCGAAGGUGGUGAUGGGUCCUUCCGCUGUGGCUGCCGGCCUGGAUUCCGGCUGCUGGAUGACCUAGUCACUUGUGCCUCCAGGAACCCCUGUAGCUCAAACCCAUGCACAGGAGGUGGCAUGUGUCGUUCUGUACCACAUAGUGAAAACUACACAUGCCAUUGUCCCAGAGGCUACCAGCUGGACUCUAGCCAAGUGAACUGUGUGGAUACAGAUGAGUGCCAGGACUCCCCCUGUGCCCAGGAAUGUAUCAACACUCCAGGGGGCUUCCAUUGUGAAUGCUGGGUGGGCUACCAAUCCAGUGGCCCCAAGGAGGAGGCCUGUGAAGAUGUGGAUGAAUGUGCCGCUGCCUACUCACCCUGUGCCCAGGGCUGCACCAACACUGACGGCUCGUUCUACUGCUCCUGUAAGGAGGGCUAUAUCGUGUCUGGGGAAGACGGUACCCAGUGUGAGGACAUAGAUGAGUGUUCAGACACAAGGGGCCAUCCGUGUGAUUCCCUGUGCUUCAACACAGAUGGUUCCUUCAGGUGUGGCUGCCCACCAGGCUGGGAGCUGGCUCCCAAUGGGGUCUCUUGUACCAGGGACACUGUGUUUUCAGAACUACCAGCCAGGCCUCCCCAAAAGGAAGACAGAGACGACAGAAAGGAGAGUACUGUGCCUCCGACUGAAAUGUCCAGUUUUCCCAGUGGCUCUAAGGAUGUCUCCAACAGAGCACAGACGACAGAUCUCUCAGUCCAAUCGGAUAUUCCCACUGCCUCUGUUCCACUAGAAAUAGCAAUCCCUAGUGAAGUAUCUGAUGUCUGGUUGGAGUUGGGCACAUACCUCCCCACAACCUCUGGCUACAGCAAGCCGACCCAUGAAGAUUCUGUGUCCGCACACAGUGACAGUGACACCGAUGGACAGAAGCUGCUUCUGUUUUACAUCCUGGGGACAGUAGUGGCUUUCUUACUCUUGCUGGCGCUGGCCCUAGGGCUUCUCAUUUAUCGUAAACGGAGAGCCAAGAAGGAGGAGAUAAAAGAGAAGAAGCCCCAGAAUGCAGCUGACAGCUAUUCCUGGGUUCCAGAGCGAGCAGAGAGCCGAGCCCCAGAGAAUCAGUACAGCCCAACACCUGGGACAGACUGCUGAAGACUAUGUGGCCUUAGAAACAGUCAGCUGCCACUACCUUCAGAGCUGCCUUCUUAGAUGAGGGGGAAGCCACACCAUUCUGAAAGACUGGACUGUACUCUCAGCAAAAAGUGUGCACCUUUCCCUUAAGAACCUGGUGACUUGGGAUGGGCAGGUAUUUUCCUGGUGCUUUUGAUAUGCCUGGGGGGGUGGUGAAAGCUGUGUGUUGGGUUUGUCAUUGUGGGGGAGUUUUGUGGAUACUGACAGGCCUCACUCACAUACCCUUUUCAAAUCCAAAAGCAACUUGUUCCUCUGGUUGCUUAAUCAAGAGUCAGAUGGGUAGGACAGGGUGGGGGAGGGGGCUUCAAAGUCUUUUCUUAUCUUGAUUUAUCAGAGAAGGAGCUGGAGCUCCUGGUGCUAAUUACGAUGGAAACAGUUCCUUUCCUUUACUGGAUAGAAAGCAAAACCAAUUAACUACUUAACUAGGUGAGAAUGCUCUACCCUUCCUAUGGGGACUUCUUCAGGAUGGCCGCCUUUGUGUACAUUCGCCUUCUGUCAUUUCCCCUCCAUCCCCCACCUACCCCCUCCGUAUUGUUGAAAAAGUCAUAAUGAGAGGAAGUUCAACCAACUGCUUAGGGAGCAGGCAGGCAGGAAGUUUAGACAUUGUAUCCCCUCACUCUCUACUUUCUGAUAGCCUUGGGUUUAAAUUGCAAGUUGGGAAGUUGCUUCAAGUGAGGGAGAGGUCUUGGUAAAAGCAUAGCCCAGAGGGAGGUGGGCAGGGAUUGGUUUAACAGGUAUUUGAAUGAAAAUGUUGGAAUGAACUGAUGCUAGCACACACUUGACUAUAGAGGAAGGAUAACAAAACCCCAAGAUCCAUUUGUCUUUGAGCUAGCACAGGCCCCAGCUCCAGGGCAGGACACCCUGUCUCCCCUUACACUGUCUCUAACUGGGAAGUGGUAGGCUCAGAAAGCCUCAGGAUGCUUUCAUUCUGAAUGUAAGGAGAAGAUGUGUGAGCCAGGUGAUGGGCUUUGUUUUAAACAUGCCCCUUUAAGUGUGGCUUAGUCCACUGCACAGUUAAAAGUGCAUCUGGAGGACUUGAGCCCAAUCUUGUGGAUGUGACACAUACCGAAUCAAGGAUUAGUCAUGAAGAAGGUUCUCCUUUUUUUGCUUAAAAAAAGGAGAUACAGGGGAAAGGGGAAGGGGAAGAGAGAACAGCUCAAAAAUGUCCAGCUGUUAAAACUGCUUAGAGCCCUCUUACGAUUGACAUGUUCAUUUCAAAGAGUCCAUUUGCAAAAGUGUCCCUUAAACUUGCUGCAGGUAAUGGUGUUCCAGCUGCGCAGGUCUGUCUGGGGCCUGGAAGGCAGCCCUGGUGAGUCACUUCAGUAUCUCUGGGAGACCCGUCUCAGCUGCUUCUGCUAUUUGAAAAGCUGAGAUAUGGAAUGUGUCUCCAUCAUGAGAUCCAGUCUUUGUUCUCAGACUAGAGUGUCCUUUUGUUUCUAGGGUCAAAAGCAACCAUCCCUCAAAGUUGAUAUCCAGGAAUCGAAGACUAAUAACAAGCAGAUUCAAGGCCUUUGGAAAUAUCUUAGAGAAAUAUAUUACGGAAAUAUCUUUUUUUGUUGUUGUUUUUGUUUUUGGUCAAUUUAAAAUGAAGAUAUUUUCAUUAAUCAGUCUUUCUUUCUCUCUUUCUUUCUUCCUUUCUCUCUUUGAAAACCUAAGGUGGAAAGUAAUGGGGAAAAGAUUGAGCUCAGUGGGGUGCCUGAAAUGUGUGUAUUUAAAAAUCAAUUCACCAUCUGACUUUCAGUUAAAAUUUGGGUGUUUGGAACUGGAUCUCUGUCAGUAAUUGAGAUUGGCAGCUAAUCCCUUACCAGAAGACCAGUACCAGAGCCAUGGCAGUGUCUGCAUAUACUGACAUGACCCUAAAUGCAUCACUUUUACCUCCAUGUCUUCAACUGCUUGCCUUUAUGGCUGGAGGUGAGGAAGAUAACUGAGUCUAGGCUCCCAACAGCCUUGCUUGGUCUAAGCUCAGGCUGCCUGCUGUGUAGGAGUUAAAAACUGACCAAGAUGACUUAGGGGAUAGACAUGAAGCUCCAUCCCACACACUCUCAGGGGUACAGGAUCCACUCUGUGGAACCCACAACAGGGAAGGGAAUGAUGAGGAGCAUAUUUUCCCAGAGUGCUUUCAUCAUGAGCCCCUCCAUGGAGGCAUAGCUCUCUUAUCUACUACCUGCCAAAGCCUUCACCGGAACCAUACCUCAAGUGGCAAAGCCAGUGGAGCCACUCUCUGUUCCUAAAUGGGUGCUUUAUUCUCACAUAUAUUCUUGCUGUCCUCAUGCUUGAGACUGGAAAAUUCUGGCUUAGGGCGUCUAAGAGGUGAAGCAAUAAAUAAGUGAACUUCCACUGGACCAAAGGUGUGAGAUUAUGCCUUUCCUACCCAAGACAUCAGUGAGCAGAGACAGAACACCCCUCUGCCUGUGAGGACCAGAGAAAGCACUACUUGGCAGCAGAAUUUCCUUAAGUCCAGACCUGGAAAAACUGUAUUUUUUUGGAGGGGUAUACCUUCAGGCCUUCAGCCUUCUCAUUCCUGAAUUGCAGAUGGCUGUCAUUGCCCUUUGUAUUUUAUGCAGUUCUGGCAAUGGAAGCCAGCACAUGAGUAUGUUAGACACUAGCUUUCCAGGACCACUACACCUCUAGCAUCUUGCAUUAUUUUUGCUCGUUAUUAAAGAUAGUUGAAGCAAUACCUACCCACCCCCAGUAAUAUGAGGAGUUAAAAAAAAAACUACUCAGAAAGAAAUGCCUCAGGAGGGAGCCCUGAAUACUAUUUGCAAAGGAAGUCUAGCCCCAGUUUUCCUUGAUGUCUAGCAUGGCUUCGAUGCAAACCCAAAUGUAUGCAUUUUGUGGCUUUGGAGACUCACUCAUCAUUAUCACUGCAGCCAUCACCACCACCAUCACUGUCAUCACCACCUCUUGGUGCUGUGCAUCCUCAUGGUGUUGUUUUAAUGACAGUAACUGGAUGAAUCCCACCUGGCUCUGACUGAGGGCCAAAAGGCCAGACAGAACAAAAGCAGAAAGAAGACAAGUGGCUGCUUUCCUUCAGCAUCUCACCCAGAGAAAAUCCAGCAAGCUUCUGAGAAGGCCUGUCCUGAUGCCUUCCCCAGAGCGCUGGAAAAUGUGGAAGGAAACACAGAUCCUUCUGAGUGCAUGCUCACUGCGCAGGGCAAGCUGCCCAGGAAGAGUUCUUUAUCUCCUCGUGAAGUUUUCCUCCUCUUAGAGUUCCUAAGCGUGAGCCCUUGUGGGGACUGUUAUCACCAACCAAACUUUCAAUAGGUGGAUAGGAUCAUUAGGACGUUUGGUUCCGCCCCUCUUUUCCCAUAAAUAUUUCUGGCAAAACUAAAGGAACAGAGAUGAGAUUUGACCAAAAAAGGAAAAAAAAGGUUACUCCAUUCAAAAUAACAUAUUUUUGAAAGCAAAUAUAGGAAAGCCUUUUCCUAUUAUUUUUCUUCUUAGCUUUCCCAUUGUCUGAAUUGGGAAAACAGGAAAGCAUUGCUUUCUAGCACCUGCAAAAUGGUUUAAUGCCCCUGCAUAUUUCCAUGUCCUCCAACAAUAGAUUAGCAUGGGAAACUGAAAUAGACGCCCUGAAAACAUCUGUCGCUUCCCCGGCUCCUAAAUCCAGGUUUUGAUUAUGUGUGAUUUGUGAAAUCUAUCAACCAAAACAGGGGGACAGAUACACCUCAGUCCUCCAUGGAGUCCACAACUGUAUACCCCCAUGACCCCUUAGGCAAGGGCCUGUUGAGAACUGCAUCACAUUUUGACCUGUUGACAGUACCCAUCUAUUUCAGAUCGGAUCUCUGGACCUUUCACCUUUCCCAUAUUACCUACAAUGUGGCAAGUGGUUCCUUUUUGCAUUUUUACCUUCCCCCCCCCUCCAAGUUGAAGUUCAUUUGCAGAUGAGGGAUUAAGCCUGAAUUGUGUGGCAGUCAGUCUUGUUCCCUGUUGUCAGGGGUUAUUGUAAAUGUUAGUAAUCUCACCCCAAGCUCUCAGUAAGAACAUAAAUAUUUUAAAAUAUGUGUGUUUGAAAUCUGUUUCAUGGAUCCUGGAACUGUGCAAUGUUCAGGCAGGAGUGAGUUUAGUCUUUUAGUGAAUGUUGUGCAGUAUGUGGGAAGGGAAGGCUCACAGGUUACACUCCUCCUUAGAGCUACACAUAACAUUCGGAGGGGAGGCACAGGGUUGCCUUUAAAAAGUGGGAGCUAUAUCAUGCUUUGAGCUUUCUGUUAUGCAUCUCUCCUAAUAAACUCUGAAAAAAAAUAUUUGUUUUGAACUUGUUUGUGUCACUUGUGGCAACUUAAAGUAUGGCAGAACUUUAUUUGUGAUUAUUAAAUUUAUGU